UCAUCCACCCCAUCUCAAAGAGACAGUAGUCCAUACCACCUCACACAAGAAAUGUGUUUCUCCUUCCUCGCCAUUAUUGUUGCUUUGGCAACAUCUAUCGUGUCUGUCAGUGCAUGUCAAAACGAGUUCGAUGGUUGCGUAACAACAAAUGACUGCUGUGCAGGCUUGAGCUGUGGAAUGGAUAAUGAAGAAAUGGGUGGACCACACUCUCACAAUCAUGGAUUGUGGGAUCAGACAGGACUAGAUACCGAUAUCGCUGUUGUACCAAGCACUUUCGAAAGUAGACUAAAAAGCCAGGCUGCCUUUCGUC